CAUGGUGGGACACAAGUUCAUUGAGGCCUUGAAGGAGAAAGACCCGGACAACAAGUUCAACGUGGUCACCUUUUGCGAGGAGAACAGAGCGGCGUACAACCGCAUGAGACUUACGGAGUACUUCACGAACAAAGACCCAGACAACCUGUCCAUGUCGGGAAACUACAACGACAACGGCGACGGGUUGACCCAGUGGUACCAGUCUACCCCCGGCGUGGAAUGCUACGUUGGGGAUAAGGCGCUCAAAAUCGACCGCGAGGCAAAGACGGUCAUCUCGGAGUCCGGCAGGGAGAUCAAGUACGACAAGGCCGUGCUGGCCACUGGGUCGUACCCCUUCGUGCCGCCCACCCCGGGCGUGGAUAAGAAGGGCGUCUUCGUUUACAGGACCAUCAACGAUUUGGAGAACAUGAUCCAGUACCAGAAGGACCACGGCGUGAAGGCGGCCGCCGUCAUCGGGGGUGGUCUUCUGGGACUGGAGGCGGCGAAGGCCAUGUACGACCUCGGCAUGGAGACGCACAUCAUCGAGUACGCUCCCAUCCUCAUGUGCCGCCAGAUUGACGAUGCGGGGCACGCCAUCCUCGGAGGCAUGAUCGAGGACCUCGGGCUCAAGAUCCACUGCAACGCCCGCGUCACCGAGUUUCUCGGCGACGACAAGGUGGCUGGCCUAACCUUCUCCAACGAAGGGUGGGAAGACCUGGACGUUGGCAUGGUGGUUGUCUCCGCUGGCAUCCGCCCCCGUGAUGAGAUCGCACGCGCUUCGGGCAUCGAGGUGCACGAGAGGGGAGGCGUCAUCGUGGACGACUUGCUCAAGACUAGCGACGAGGACAUCUACGCCAUCGGAGAAGUUGCCCUUCACGGCGGUAAGAUCUACGGUCUGGUGGCCCCCGGCUACGAAAUGGCCGAGGCCGUCGCCAACACCGUGGUCGGAGAGGAGCAGCCCUUCACCGGAGCCGACAUGUCUACCAAGCUCAAGCUCAUGGGGGUGGACGUGGCUUCCUUCGGACGCUACUCCGGCUUCAAAGAGGACGACGGCCAGAUCUCCAUGACCUGGAACGACCCCUUCAACAAAACUUACAAAAAGCUCUUCUUCAACACUGCCGGUACCAAACUCCUCGGCGGCAUCCUCGUGGGCGAUGCUUCUGAGUUCACCACUCUAUUGGUGCGUGUGGGCCUGCAAAAGUCCGACCGUGACCUCCCGAUCGCCCCCGGUGUCCUGAUGGCUCCCGUUGCGGAGGAAGGCGGCGGGGCUGCUCUCGGCGUUGAGGAAAUGCCUGAUGACAUGCAGGUGUGCUCGUGCAACAACGUGGACAAGGGUGCGAUCUUCCGCGCCGUGACUGAGGACGGCCUCACCUCCGUCGGGGAGGUCAAGUUCUGCACCAAGGCCGGCACUGGGUGCGGCGGGUGCGAACCGAUGGUGAAGGACAUCUUCGCGUUCGCCAUGAAGAGCUCCGGAAAGGAGCUGUCCACCGACGUGUGCGAGCACUUCCACUACACUCGCCAGGAACUCUACGACAUCGUUCGGGCUACCGGAGUCAAGUCCUUCGACGAGCUCCUCGAUAGCCACGGCCACGGUGACGGCUGCGAAGUGUGUAAGCCCCUCGUGUCCAGCAUCCUCGCGUCGGUACACAACGACAUGAUCUUCAACAACGGCGGGAUGACCCUUCAGGACACAAACGACCGCGCCCUCGCCAACAUGCAGAGGGGCGGUUCUUACUCGGUGAUUCCGCGUGUCCCCGGCGGGGAACUCACUCCCGAGCAGCUCAUCUGCAUGGGACAGGUGGCCAAGAAGUACAACCUCUACACGAAGGUCACUGGCGGGCAGCGGAUCGACAUGUUCGGUGCUGAGAAGCACCAGCUGCCGUCGAUCUGGGCCGAGCUUGGAGAGGCUGGGCUGGAGUCUGGUCACGCUUACGGCAAGGCCCUGAGAACGGUUAAGAGCUGCGUAGGGUCCACGUGGUGCCGAUACGGCGUACAAGACGCUGUUACGUUCGCCGUGCGGCUUGAAAACCGAUACAAGGGCCUCCGGUCCCCCCACAAGCUCAAGUCGGGAGUGUCCGGGUGCGUGCGCGAGUGCGCCGAGGCCCAGGGCAAGGACUUCGGCCUCGUAGCCACCGAGAACGGCUACAAUCUUUAUGUCUGCGGCAACGGGGGCGCCGUGGCCAGGCACGCCGACCUGCUGGCGACGGACAUCAGCGAGGAGCUUUGCAUCAAGUACAUCGACCGCUUCCUCAUGUUCUACAUCGCCACCGCCGACCGUCUCCAGCGCACGUCCGCGUGGAUGGAGAAGCUCGAAGGAGGCAUUGAGUACCUGAAGGAGGUCGUGAUCAACGACAAGCUGGGCAUCGCCGAGAAGCUUGACGCACAGAUGCAGCACGUCGUGGACACCUACCAGGACGAGUGGGCUACCGUUGUCAACGUGAGACUGAAAACCUCUACUGAAUCAUAUGGGCUGGGGGAAGAGACCUCAGCCACGCAACAGCAACACGCCGAGGAUCCGGCGAUUGCGAGGCUGGAGGGCCAGUUAUCGCAACUGAUGAGCGUAGUGAUGGAGUUGAAGAGGAAGGAGCCUGGUGACGCCGUGGCGGGCGAUGCCAGUAGGGGCAGCGGUGCUGCCGUCCCAAGCCAGAGAGAGGCUCUGCCGCCUGGGGGCGGCGGGGCAUUUUCCCGGGAAACGGCCCGUGAUGGGCGAAAUCACCCGCGGGAAAGCAGCUGGGACAACAUACCGGGAGCGAGUCCUGGGGU